GGCAUCACCAUCGUCACCAUCACCAUCACCAUCACCAUCACCACAGCACCACCUCACCAUCUCACCACGCAGGGACAGCUCAGCUCGAAGCAGUCGUCACUGUCGUAUUGACCCUCUACUUUCCGCAGCAUACAUUCCCUGUCCCGCAUCCAGAGAUCAAAGAAGGCCACCAGGUGUUUCCAGACCCAUCGUGCCCCGUGCUGCACCACGCCCCUCACACGACCCUUGACCAAGACUAGCUACGGGCCCCUCAGCAGAAUCCAUUGCGUAUCACUUAUGAGCAACACCGCAUUCUCACCCACCAUCACGUAUACAUAGCGUCUCAGACUCCACCAUCAUGGAGGAACAGCUCGCACAGGCAGUAGAAAUAGCAUCCAACCCAACAGCAGUACAAGAUGCAUCCCUGCCGGCCCAGGCACUCAACUUCCUCGAGCACCUCAAGUCCAUCACUCAUGAGAGUUGGAGCGCAGGUUGGAAUGCCUUUUCCUCAAAGACGGAAGAUGGCAGCACACCAAAGUACUCUGAGCAGGCUCGCAUGUUCGGUCUGAACCUCGUGGCAGAAUUCUUGGAAAACCACGUCUCGGAAGCAUCAGAUCCGGCUGGAGCAGUCGCAUACCUGCAAGAGUCUGCCCUGCGCUACAUCCAAGAGGACUACGUCACCGGCGCUGCAGACAGAGUGGCAGGAUAUGCCAAGAACAAGCUCGCCCAAGUCCUUACCAUGCUCCUGCUUCAGACCUACAGUCUCCCCCAGCCUGCUACUCUUCUUCCCACCUUGAUUGGCCUCAUGCGGACGCGGUCGGACUCGUCCUCUUCGACUUCGACUAUCAAUCCCACCACCACUGACCUGGUUCUACGUGUCCUGCAUGACCUCUCCAUCACGCUAGGAUCCGACGUGACUCUCAGAGCGGUCCGAAGCAAAGACCGCCUGCAACGUGACGGCCUCAUUCGAGACGAGAUUCGGGCGAAUCACGCCGUCACUGUGGCUCAAGCAGUCUGGUCUGUUGUUCGGGAUGGAACCGCAAAGAUUAGUGCAGGAGACGAUGCUCAAGGCUGGGGACCGACUAAAGCCGCCGAGAUUACUGAAAUGGCCAUCAGUGUGGUUGGUGAUUACGUCUCUUGGCUGGAUAUUUCUUUGAUGGUCACACCAGAGACAGUUCCGAUUUUCUUUGCGCUGCUGCAGCAUCAAGUCAUUGGUCUGCGCAAAGCUUCGGCAGAGGCCCUUCUGGAAGUUGUGUCCAAGGGGAUGAAACCCGCCAGCAAGCUCGAGCUGCUUCAGGUCCUUGACCUCACUACCAUCGUUGGAGCCCUCGAAGGCGAAACAAGAGUCACGGACAAUUCAGGGGAUACUGACAGCGUGGUUGAGCUUCGAGAGAGGCUCGCGAGGCUCGCCAAUGGGAUCACAUUGGAACUCGUCAAGAUUCUGGAAGAGUCCGCAACAGAAGAAUCUACCCGAACCACUGCAGAUGAGCUCUUGGUGCGCCAUCUCACACUAAUGCUCGCUUUUCUUGCCGACGAAUACGAUGAGCCUACAGAAUGCGUCCUGAGCGGGACGAACGCUACUCUCUCCUACUACAAGAAGCUCAAGCGGAAACAUGCCAGUGGCAACUUGAAUGCAGCACAGUUGGACGCAUUGGCCCGCGUCGUAGAGGUCGCUUUGUCGAAGAUGAAGUACGAUGACGAAACGGAAUGGACCGGCGCAGGGGCGCAUGACGGGGAUGGAGGAGCAAGUGACGAAGAUGAAGCUCAUUUCAUAGAGCUGCGGAAACAGCUACAAUUGAUCCUGAGUGCGGUGGCCUCCAUCGACGAGACAAUCUUCUCUUCGAGGGUCGAAGGCCUCAUUGGACAGACAUUGAAAGCCGUCCAAAGUGGUCUCAGUGGUACCGGACCACAAAUUACGUGGCAGCAAGCGGAAAUGGCAGUCUUUGCUGCUUACUUUUACGUUGAGGUGCUGAUCAAUGCAUCUGGCCUUCCCAAGAUGGGCGUCAGUGCGAAUACGUUCGUGCAGAUGCCACCUGAGGCUGCCAAGGCGCCGAAGAACAAGUUGUCCCUCUCCAUUUACCCGACUCUGCCACUCAAUACGCUCGGAGAAGCGUUCCAAUCGGUGGUGCAGUCAAACAUUGCAAGCUUUCCACAUCCAGCAGUUCAACUACAGUACUUUGAGUGUCUCAACCGAUACUCAUCCUUCUUCGUCGCCCGGCCGGACAAUCUCUCAGCGGCAUUGUUCGUCUUCUUGGAUCAACGAGGUCUGUACAGUGGGCACACUGGCAUCCGGCACCGCGUCUGGUACCUCUUCUCAAAGUUUGUUAGAGAUGUAGCUGGUAUCAUCCCGCGCGAUUACAUUGAAAAGGUGUUGGACAGCAUGAGACAAAUCUUGGUCAUCAAUGCCGAGAUGCCUCAAUGCGACUCCGACGAGGACCCUUUGGCAAAGGCCACAGAGUCCGCAGGUCCUUUCGAUAGUCAAUUGUACUUGUUUGAGAGUUGCGGGUGCCUCAUCUCAUUGCUCAAGACUGUUCCCGAUGAGCAGACGGCCUUGCUGAAAGCCGUAUGCGAUCCUCUGAUGGGCCAACUGCAACAAGCUGUACAAAGCUUCUCGACGGAAGGCCGCAACCUGAGAGAGGUGCUACAGGCCCAUCACCUCAUGCUGGCGCUAGCCAACAUUGCCCAAGGCUUCCCUGACCUCGCUCACAACGCCCUGACGCCAGCAGACGCGGGCUGGGUGGAAAUCUUCAAAUCGGUCACCGAGCAGAUUUUGAUCGCUCUGAGAGCUCUCAACCGCUUCAGCAUCAUCAGGGAAGCUUCUAGAGGUGCCUUCGCACGGAUUGUUGCCACCACUGGUCAAGCGGUGCUGCCCUUCAUACCCAACCUUAUUCAGAGCCUAUUGGGAGAGAUUACUGCGGUCGAGCUUAUUGACUUCCUUAGCUUUCUUGGUCUUGUGGUGACCAAGUACAAGACGAAUGUCCAGCCAAUGAUGGAUGAACUCUUAGCUCUCCUCAUCGAGAGAAUCUACCACUUCCUCAACCAAGACAUUUCAGGUACCGAUGAUGCACUCCAGCGAACAGAGCUGCAGCGUGGAUACAUCAGCUUUGUGUCCACUCUCGUCACUACUGGUCUGGACGGUGUCUUGACAUCAGAGAGAAAUCUGGCCCAGCUACAGACCAUUCUGCAAAGCAUCGUCUUCUAUGCUGCAAAUGGGGACGCCAGCUGUCAGCGAGCCUCAUUCCACAUCUUGAGCCGCUUAGUCCUUCUGUGGGCUGACGAUGGGAAGUUGGUCCAGCCGGGCCACUCUGCCAACGGACACAGCGGGAUGAACGGCACUCCGAAGGUACCACAGCCAGUGAAAGUGCCGGGUUUCGAAGCCUUUCUCUACGAGACUGUCGUGCCGUUGACCUUUGAGGUGCCCGCCAAGGCCACUUUUGACUUCAACGACGCCCAGGCACAGAUGGUGCUGAGCGAGAUCUCCACGCUGCUGAAGACAAUCCUGAGCGCCAGGGGGAGUGAGCUGCAGAGGUACUUACUCGAAGUCUUCUUUCCGGGCAUUCAGUGCCCAGAAAGUAUGGCCCGGGACUUCGUCGGCAAUCUAGAGCAGUUGGACGUCAAGAAGUUCAAAGUGUAUCUGCAGGGGUUCAUCAAGGCAUCUCGGGGCGGCGCCUAGAGGGGCAGGACGGAGGAGGGCAAGUGUACAAAGUAGAGGGGGGAGGGUGCCAGUGCUGCUUGUUGCCUAUGCCUUGUUCCUCACUUCAACACCUGCACUAGCACAGUUGUUCACUACGAUCACCAACAUCUUGAGCAAUGACAGCCUUUGCCAAUC